AUGGGAGUUGUUAGAGAGAAAAUGGAGAUUUUAUUUUAUGCUCUAAUUUCUACCUGCCUGGCCUUUGGGAUCUCUGGUGGUUUUCUGAUUAUCCAUGAGCAAAAACAGCAAUGUAUUUAUGAGAGGAAUAAAACAGCAUAUGUGGGGCCAUGCAACUUUACCAAUAUAAACCAGCAGUGGAGAUGGAUGAAGGAUGAAAAGUUGCUCCAUGUUAGAUCUGGCCAAUGCCUCGCCAUCACCAACAGGUCCUAUCCUGCGCAUUCCCGCAAAGUGAUCAUCAUCAACUGCAUUGAUGCACCUAACUGGACCUGUCACAGCAAGGAAGGACUCCUUGAGGUGAAAAACAGCUCUCUGUUCCUCAACAAACAAGGCUCAAAGGUAGUAGUGAGGAUGGGUAGGAGAUAUCCCCAUAGUUGGAAAAGGAUUGAUGUCAACGAGAAAAAGGAACCUGUCCUUAAAAACCUGUGUUCAAGGAAUGAUUUCCAAGAUGCUGAAACAUUUGUUCGGAGCAGUAGAAAUACAGCCCCUCCCUUUAAUCCUAUAACACAUAGUCCACAGAAUUUUCUUGGCAGUAGCAGUGCAGUGGUUUUCAUCAAAAACGUUACAGAAAGCAACAAUAAAAACAUGGACAAACUCAAUCUUAACCAGAAUUUAUUUGAAGUGACAAAAAAACCCUGGAUUCCCACUACUACCCAUCAUUUCACUAGCACCACAGAAAAGAGUGGUCUAGGAGCUCCAGUAAAAUGUACCAUCAACCAGACAGAGUGGAAGGUCUCCAGCCGGUCUGUCUAUCUCAGGUGGAACAGUCUGGGGAAUCCCUGUAACUUCAGUGUAACCUGCAGCUCCCGCAAUGCCUUAUACAGGGUUUGCCAGCCCAUCCAGAAAACCAACGGUUCCUAUGAGUGCGACUUCAAUGGCUUGGAAGCAGGGACUCUGUAUUUUCUCAAGAUUGUCUCUCUGUCUGAUGAAGAAGCCAGCAAUAUUACUUUGCAAACAGAUCCCCUGCCACCUGCAAGAUUUGAAAUCAAGAAGGAAAAAAUUACAACUACAACCUUGCAGGUCUGGUGGAGCCCAUCCUCUGGGAAAGUAGACUGGUAUGAGCUACGGUUGCUUGAUAACACAAAACAAGUUGCAGAGAUCCAAGUUCCUGGAGGCAUUUCACGAAAUGAACAGACUUUUCACAAUCUCAUCCCCGGCAGCAAAUACACUAUCUCAAUCAAUGCAGCCACUGGUAAUAAAAAGAGCCCAUCAAUUGAUAUCAGCGGUUCAACAGCUCCUUCUCCAGUGGAAAAUGUCAAGGUCUUAGUCAAGAUACAAUCUAUCCACGUGUCUUGGUUACCAGGUUCUGGAAAUGUGGAUCAAUACAGGCUGGUUUUGCUGGAUAAAGAUGGCCUGGUUCAACAGACAGACGUAGAGAAACACUACUUGUCAUGCAAUUUUUCAGGACUGACUCCAGGGUCUCUGUAUAAUCUUACUAUCAUUGCCAAGGCUGAAGGGCUGGAGAACUACAAGUUUAGACUAAUUAGGACUGCCCCAGCCAAAGUCUUAGCAUUGAUGGUAGCUAAUGAUGGCAGCUUGAAUACGUUAAAAGUAUCAUGGAAGAGGCCUCCAGGAAGCCUUGAUUUCUACAACGUCACCUUGAUUCAUCUUGGUUCUAUUAAAGAAAUGAAAACUUUACAACCACAAGUCACAGAAACAUAUUUUGACAAGCUAAUUUCAGGAUGUCUUUAUCAAGUUAACGUCAACACAGUCAGUGGAGAAUUAUUCACUGAAAUGACAGCAUAUGGAAGGACAGUUCCCCAGAAAGUUUCAGAACUGAAUGCAGACAGCAUGGGUUCAUUAAGGUCUCUGAAAGUGAGUUGGCUGCCCCCUACUGGAGACUGGGACAAAUACUAUAUUACGCUGUUCGACCACUCUACAGUGCUGCUGAAUACUACAGUGCAGAAAGACAAAAAGGAAUACAUUAUCAAGGAUUUAGCGCUCAUUCCAGGAAGGCAGUAUGAGGUGGCAGUUACUGUUGAAAGUGGACGCUUUCAGAACACAGCACGCUGCAAAGGCAGAACAGCUCUACAGCCAGUUCUUAUGCUCCGUGUUAAGCAUGCAAAUGAAUCUUCUCUGACUAUCAUGUGGGUGACUCCUCUGGCUGAGUGGGAUGGUUAUGUCGUUUCAUUGGGAGACAGAACACGCAUAGUCAUAAACAAGGCUCUUGCUAAGGAGGCCAAAGAAUUCACUUACACUGAUCUGUUACCUGGCCGAAAGUACACUGCUACUGUCACCAGCAUAAGUGGGGAUUUGACCAACUCGACUUCAGUUGUGGGACGCACAGUUCCAGCACAGGUGACAAAUUUAAAUGUGGCAAACCAAGGAUCAACUGACAGCCUUUUCACCAGCUGGAUAAAGGCAAAGGGAGAUGUAGAUUCAUACCAAGUGUUGCUCAUUUAUGAAAAUGUUGUAAAAAAAAAUGAGACUGUUUCCAGUGUCACCAAUAAAUACCACUUCCAGUCUCUAAAACCUGGAGGACUCUAUUCAGUGGUUGUCACCACAGUUAGUGGAGGAAUAUUUUCCAGACAAGUAAUUGCUGAAGGAAGAACAGUUCCUUCCAGCGUCAGUGGAGUAACAGUUAACAAUUCAGGACGAAGUGUUUACCUGAGUGUUUCCUGGCUGCCAGCUGACGGAGAUGUGGAUAGCUAUUUGGUAACACUCUCCCAUGGAGGGCGCAAUAUUCAUACUCUCACUGUUCCAAAAACUGCCAGUGAAUGUUCCUUCAACACACUCACUCCUGGGCGACUCUAUGAUGUGACAAUAACCACAAGGAGUGGAAAAUAUGAAAACCAAUCCUUCAGUCAGGAAAGAACAGUUCCUUCAAGCGUCCAGGGACUUACGGUGAGCAAUUCUGCAAGAAGUGACUAUUUAAAGGUGUCCUGGCUACAUGCCACAGGAGACUAUGAUAAUUAUGAAGUGAUCAUCAAACACAACAAUGACUUCAUCCAAACAAAAACUGUCCCCAAGGAUGAAAAUGAAUGUGUGUUCACUAACCUGGUUCCAGGGAGGCUUUAUAGCGUCACUGUUACAACAAGGAGUGGAAAAUAUGAAACAAGUGACAGGGACAGUGGGAGGACAGUCCCAGGAUCUGUAAAGAAAUUGACUCUUAGUAAUAGAAGCACUGAAGCGUUAUAUAUUACUUGGUCCAAAGCUGAUGGGGAUGUUGAUCAGUAUGAGAUCCAGCUUCUCUUCAAUGACAUGAAGGUUUUCCCACCCACUCAUCUUGAAAACACACUUGAAAAUUUCGAGUUUACAUCUCUCACUCCAGGACGCCUUUACAAAAUUCUUGUCAUGACCAUAAGUGGAGAUGCGCAACGUACUACUUUCAUAGAAGGAUUAACAGUUCCAAGUGCUGUUAAAAACAUUCACAUUUCACCCAAUGGAAUGACCAACAGCUUGAAAGUGAAUUGGACCCCUGGAGGAGGAGAUGUUGAUUCUUAUACUGUCACAGUAUUCCAUCAGAACCAUCCCCUCAAUACCCAGACUGUUUCCAAACAUGUAUAUGAGCACACAUUUAACAAACUAGAAGCUGGGGAGCAGUACAAGAUUGUUGUGCAGACAAAGAGUGGCACCUUGCAUAACAAUUCAACAGCUGUUGGACGAACAAUUCCAGCUCCUGUUCAGGAAUUGCAUGCAGACAAUGCCUACAGCAGUCACUCACUGAUCGUGUCCUGGCAUAGUGCUGCUGGUGUGGCUGAACGAUAUGAUAUCCUACUCCUGACUGAGCAAGGCAUCCUUCUGAGAAACAAAUCAGAGCCAGCUACUGCUAAACAACUCAGGUUUGAAGAUUUAACACCAGGCAAGAAGUAUAAAAUACAAAUGUUGACAGUCAGUGGUGGCCUCUUCAGCAGUCGGGCAGAAACUGAAGGCCGCACAGCUCCAGCAGCUGUCACAGAUCUGAAGGUCACAGACAGAACUACUGGGCGCCUGUCAUUUAGCUGGACAGCUUCUCAGGGAGAGCUGGACAAAUACGAUAUCUUUCUUUAUAAUCCAGACAAGUCUCUCCAGGACAGAAUUUCCGGGGACCGGAAUUUCAAGCAGUAUUCUUUCCAGAACUUGGUGCAAGGCAGGUUGUACAAAAUGGUGAUUGUUACCCACAGUGGCAAGCUUACUAAUGAAUCAUCCAUCUUUGGGAGAACAGUCCCAGCUCCAGUUAGCAGUCUUAAAGGAGCUCAUAAAAACAUGACCGAGAGUCUGUGGUUCACCUGGAACCCCGCAUCAGGAGAUGUUGACUAUUAUGAACUGAAUCUUUAUAACCCAAACGGCACACAGAAGGAAGCACAGAAAGGGAAGGAUUUGACAGAAUGGCAUUUCCAGGGCUUAAUCCCUGGCAGAAAAUAUACGCUUGUUGUAGUUACCUAUAGUGGUGACCUAACAAACACCGCAAGUACUGAGGGAAGAACAGUGCCAAUCCCUCCAAAUACUGUGUCAUUUGCUGAUGUUACAAACACCUCCUUGUCCAUCACAUGGUUGGGCCCUCCAGACUGGACAGAUUAUGAUGACUUUGAGCUGCAGUGGACUCCAAGAGAUACCCUCACUGUCUUCAAUCCUUACAGCAGUAGCAAAUCAAAAGGACGCAUUGUGUAUGGCCUCCACCCAGGGAGACUAUAUCACUUCAGUGUCAGGAGUGUUAGUGGCAUCAUUCGGAAAACUUACAGUAUAUUACUUUCUGGAACUGUGAGGACAAGACCAGACAAGAUACAAAGUUUACACUGCCGGCCACAGAAUUCUACUUCCAUUGCAUGUUCCUGGAUCCCACCUCACUCUGACUUUGAUGGAUAUAGCAUUGAGUGCAAGAAAAUGGAUACCGAAGAGAUUGGAUUCUCCAGAAGAAUAGAGAGAGAGAGGUCUGUGUUUAACAUCAUGAUGCUUGUGCCCCACACAAGAUAUUUGGUGUCCAUCAAAGUGCAAUCAGCUGACAUGACAAGUGAGGUGGUAGAAGACCACACCAUCACUAUGAUAGAUCGCCCUCCGUCACCACCUGCACAUAUUCGAGUGAACAAAGAGGAUGUUGUCAUUACCAAAUCUUCCAUCCACUUCACUUUCAAUUGCAGCUGGUUCAGUGAUACCAAUGGAGCUGUGAAAUACUUCACUGUGGUUGUGAGAGAGGCUGAUGGCAGUGAAGGACUGAAGCCUGAACAGCAUCACCCUUUACCUUCUUACUUGGAAUACAAACACAACCACUCCAUCCAAAUCUAUCAGACAGAUUAUUUUGCAAGUAAAUGCACUGAAAGCACAGACAGCUUUUCAAAGGAUUUUGAUAUUCAACUUGGAGAAGAAAUGGAAAAUCUGGGAGGAAAGUGUGAACCAAAUCAGCAGAAAUAUUGUGAUGGACCACUAAGACCCAGCACUGCCUAUAGGAUCAGUGUCCGGGCUUUCACACAACUCUGUAGAGAAGACCUGAAGGAACACCCGGAGCCCUUAUUUUCUGAUACCUAUUUCUCUUUGCCAAUCACUACUGAGUCUGAGCCCUCAUUUGGAGUUAUAGAAGGAGUGAGCGCUGGUUUAUUCCUAAUAAUUAUGCUGGUGGCUGUGACCGCAUUGCUUGUCUGCAGACAAAAAGUAACUAGUAGUCAUGAAAGACCAACAGCAAGAGUGAGCAUUCGCAAAGACAGGCCACUGUCAGUUCACUUGAACUUGGGACAAAAAGGGAGCCGGAAAACUUCCAGCCCAAUAAAAGUAAAUCAGUUUGAAGCACACUUCACCAAACUUCAAGCAGAUUCCAACUACCUUCUGUCCAAGGAAUAUGAGGAUCUAAAGGAUGUGGGUCGAAACCAAUCAUGUGACAUAGCACUUCUGCCAGAGAACCGAGGGAAAAAUCGAUACAAUAAUAUAUUGCCCUAUGACACAACAAGAGUGAAACUGUCAAAUGUAGAUGAUGACCCAUGUUCUGACUAUAUCAAUGCGAGCUACAUCCCAGGCAAUAAUUUUCGUAGGGAAUACAUUGCAACUCAAGGACCUCUGCCUGGCACAAAGGAUGAUUUCUGGAAAAUGGCAUGGGAACAGAAUGUUCACAAUGUUGUCAUGGUAACCCAGUGUGUUGAGAAGGGCCGGGUUAAAUGUGACCAUUACUGGCCCUUUGACCAAGAUUCCUUAUAUUAUGGGGACUUAAUAGUCCAGAUGCUAUCUGAGUCCGUGCUCCCAGAAUGGACAAUAAGAGAGUUUAAGGUUUGCAGUGAAGAGCAGCUUGACUCCUCUAGACUUAUCCGUCAGUUCCAUUACACUGUGUGGCCAGACCAUGGUGUACCAGAAACGACCCAAUCCCUCAUCCAGUUUGUGAGAACUGUACGAGAUUAUAUUAAUCGAACACCUCAAGCUGGUCCCACCAUUGUACACUGCAGUGCUGGAGUUGGUAGAACAGGAACAUUCAUGGCACUGGAUCGAAUUCUUCAACAAUUGGACUUGAAGGAUUCCGUGGAUAUUUAUGGGGCAGUGCAUGAUCUGAGGCUUCAUAGGGUUCACAUGGUUCAGACAGAGUGCCAGUAUGUAUAUUUACAUCAAUGUGUGAGAGAUGUCUUAAGAGCAAGAAAGCUGCGCAGUGAACAGGAAAACCCCUUGUUCCCAAUAUAUGAAAAUGUGAAUCCAGAGUAUCACAGAGAUGCUGUUUAUUCAAGGCACUAAUGUUCUAACAGAUUCCUGCUUUUCGCAGUCAUGUCUGUUAGCUAUUUUUUAAUUUUUAAAAAAUAUUUUAUGCACUACAAAAGUGCCAGACAUGUUUGAAGCUGUGUAUAAUUUAUUGGUCUGGUGACAUUUUAAAGUAUAUAAUUUAAAUAUAAUGGAUAUUGUUGUAUAUAAAUGUAUUUAGAUAUGUAAAUAUGUAUGUUAUCUAUUUUAUAGUAAGCUUCAGAUAAUACUAUUUUUCCAUGCUAAAGUUAUUUUCAUGAAUUAUUCCCUAUAAACUAUCUUAUGCUGGAAAACUAACAAGACUUCUAAAUGUGAAGAAAUUAUUUACACUAUACUUCAAAAAUUGCUUACCUCUAAGGCAAGUUGUGCAUCCUUCACAUCAUGAUAUAGUCACUCCUUGCGUGUGCAUGAGAUAUGAACUGCACAUAUUAGGGUCCAUGAUUCCUUGCACAUGUCAGGAUCUUUAGACUUGGCAAAGGGAAGAGAACAAAUUAGACACACAGGCAUAGCUGGGAUAAUAAAUUGGCCACA